AUGACUCCACGAGGAGGCUUUGAGAGAGCGUGGAUUGGCUGCCACCGAGGUGUCUGCUGCUGGGUGUUGUUGCUGGCUUGUUAUUUCCUGAUCGCCUCGGCAGCCAAACCCAAAAUGCCAGGCCACACACACCUCAAUUCGAUCCGCAUUGAUGGGGACAUUUCUCUGGGUGGGCUGUUCCCAGUGCACGCUAGGGGCAAUGAUGGCAAAGCCUGUGGGGAGCUGAAGAAGGAGAAAGGGAUCCAUAGGUUAGAGGCCAUGUUAUUUGCCCUGGAUCGUAUCAAUAAUGACAAUGAGCUGCUGCCUAAUAUCACUCUAGGGGCACGUAUCCUGGACACCUGCUCCCGGGACACCCAUGCUCUGGAACAGUCACUGACAUUUGUUCAGGCACUGAUUGAGAAAGACUCAAGUGAUGUCAAGUGUCUCAGCGGAGGGCCGCCCAUCAUCACUAAGCCUGAGAGAGUGGUGGGAGUGAUCGGUGCAUCUGCCAGCUCGGUGUCAAUCAUGGUAGCCAACAUUUUACGUCUCUUCAAGAUACCUCAGGUGAGCUACGCCUCCACAGCUCCUGAGCUGAGUGACAACACGCGCUACGACUUCUUCUCCCGGGUGGUCCCCCCGGACACCUACCAGGCCCAGGCUAUGGUGGACAUUGUCAAAGCCAUGCGCUGGAACUACGUCUCCACUGUAGCUUCUGAGGGAAACUACGGAGAAAGUGGCGUUGAUGCGUUUAUCCAGAAGUCUCGAGAGGACGGUGGUCUGUGCAUUUCCCAGUCUGUGAAAAUACCACGUGAACCACGAUCUGGAGAGUUUGACAAGAUCAUUCGCAGGCUGAGUGAAAACCCUAAUGCCCGAGUAGUGAUUAUCUUUGCCAAUGAGGACGACAUCAGGCGGCUCCUUCAAGCAGCUAAGAAGGCCAAUCAAACAGGCCAUUUCAUCUGGGUGGGUUCAGACAGCUGGGGCUCUAAAAUCACCCCAAUACUGAACCAGGAAGAAAUGGCCGAAGGUGCUGUCACCAUCCUACCCAAACGACAGUCCAUCAAAGGUUUUGAUCGCUACUUCAUCAGCCGAACACUAGAGAACAACAGACGGAAUAUCUGGUUUGCAGAGUUCUGGGAGAAUAACUUCCAAUGCAAGCUUAGUCGGCACGCUGUGAGGAAAGGAUCUGGCAUCAAGAAAUGCACAAACCAUGAGCGGAUCGGGAAAGAUUCAUCCUACGAACAAGAGGGGAAGGUUCAGUUUGUGAUUGACGCAGUUUAUGCCAUGGCUCAUGCUCUACACAACAUGCACAAAGAUCUCUGUCCUGGAAAAGUCGGCCUCUGCUCCAUGAUGGACACCAUCAACGGCACACUGCUGCUCAAGUACAUCCGCAAUGUCAACUUCACAGGAAUUGCUGGCACCCCGGUGGUCUUCAAUGUAAAUGGAGAUGCCCCUGGUCGCUAUGAAAUCUACCAAUACCAGAUCACAAAUAACACGCCAGAAUACAAGAUCAUUGGUCACUGGACGGAUCAGCUCCAUUUGGACAUCAAUGACAUGCAGUGGCCUGGUGGAACACAAGAAGUACCCUCCUCCAUAUGCAGCCAACCCUGCCGUCUUGGGCAGCGCAAGAAGAUAGUGAAGGGAAUUCCAUGUUGUUGGCACUGCGAGAAUUGCGAUGGUUACCAGUAUCAGGCAGACACUUACACCUGCAAGAUGUGCCGCUUUGAUUUGCGGCCCAAUGAGAACCACACUGGCUGUGAUCCCAUUCCCAUUGUCAAGCUGGAGUGGAGCUCCCCAUGGGCAGUCAUCCCUGUCCUCAUUGCUGUCCUGGGCAUCAUGGCCACUCUGUUUGUGGUUGUCAGCUUUAUACGCUACAAUGACACACCCAUUGUUAAGGCAUCAGGUCGAGAACUGAGCUAUGUGCUGCUGACAGGUAUCUUUCUUUGCUACGCUACAACAUUCCUCAUGAUCUCUACUCCUGAUGUGGUUAUCUGCUCCCUGCGAAGGAUUUUCCUGGGUCUGGGUAUGAGCAUAAGCUACGCAGCACUGCUUACCAAGACAAAUCGGAUCUACAGGAUUUUUGAGCAGGGCAAGAUGUCGGUCAGUGCCCCUCGGUUCAUCUCCCCAGCCUCUCAGUUAGUUAUCACAUUCAGCCUGAUCUCACUACAGCUCCUUGGAGUGUGCAUCUGGUUUGGUGUUGACCCGUCGCAAGCCAUCAUCGACUAUGAGGACCAGCGCACAGCCAAUCCUAAAAUGGCCCGUGGUGUGCUGAAAUGUGAUAUAUCAGACCUGUCCCUUAUCUGUCUGCUGGGUUACAGCAUGCUGCUGAUGGUCACCUGCACAGUUUAUGCCAUCAAGACCAGAGGGGUUCCCGAGACAUUCAACGAGGCCAAGCCCAUCGGCUUUACCAUGUACACCACCUGCAUUGUAUGGCUUGCCUUCAUCCCCAUCUUCUUUGGGACAUCACAAUCAGCAGAAAAGAUGUAUAUCCAGACCACAACUCUGACCAUCUCGGUAAGCCUCAGUGCGUCAGUCUCUCUGGGAAUGCUCUACAUGCCUAAGGUCUACGUGGUUCUCUUCCAUCCAGAGCAGAACGUACCCAAGCGCAAGCGCAGCCUGAAAGCUGUGGUCACUGCAGCCACCAUGUCCAACAAGUUCAACCCCAAAGGUAGCCUGAGGCCCAAUGGAGAGGCCAAGUCUGAACUCUGUGAAAGUCUUGAAACACAAGUGCUGGCCUCCAAGCAGACAUACAUAAGCUACAGUAACCAUGCCAUCUAACCGUGGAAGCGGAGCGAGGGCCUGCCUGAGGAGAAAUCACCUGAUUCUGGGGAAAUACUGGAGGAAUUCCAAGCUGCUACAGCAGAGAGGACUGGGGUGGAAAGAUGGGAAUUUGUCACUCCAUAUAUAAAAAGGAUGUCAUAUUUUUCUAGAGAAUCAGGUAAAGGCUUGAAUGCCAAAUUUAUGAAAAAUUAUUAGGUUAGCAGGAAGGAGAUGGGAGAUUUUCCUCUUCCCACCCUUUCUAAGACAAGUGAGCGUUGAGUAGCGACGUCUCCAGAUGCAGGCUGAGUGAACAAC